UCGUCAAACACGUUGUGAGUGCACGCACUUUGACACGUAAACCUAUAUUUAUUUUAUCGAUAUAUAUAAAGUGAUGUCCUAGACCUAUAUUCGACAGAUAUAUACCAGUGUUAUAUCUGAAAAAUCAUCAGAUAAUUGUUUGUUUUUGACAAAAUGUGUCGUGUGCCUUUUUUCGUGUUUGUGUUUUUUAUUUUUUGUGUAAAUUAUGGAUUUUGUUUUAUUAACUUGGCGGACGUAGAAUGUGGUAUCGACGUGGCCCGCAGUGCCCGUAUAGUUGGUGGGGUGGACAGUCUUCCUGCGGAGUUUCCCUGGGCUGCCAGCGUGUGGAGGCAGGGUGCUCAUCAAUGUGGAGCCACUGUGCUGAAUGAUCGGUGGCUGCUGACCGCUGGACAUUGUGUUUGCAGUGUCUUCGACGAGUUUUACAAAUCAAAACAGCUUUCGGUUGUAGUUGGUUACACCGAUAUCUCAGUCAAGGAUGAAAAUCAACCGGUUGCUAGAAUCAUACCUCACCCGGAUUAUAGGUGCAACAGGAAGUCUAAUGAUGUAGCUCUUCUGAAGACAGCAAGACAGCUGCGCUGGUCAACUGGUCUCCAACCAGCCUGUCUACCUAACUCCCCAGCCCAGGACUUCAGUGGAACAUCAGCUACUGUUGCUGGAUGGGGCUUUACCAAUGAGGAUCGAGAGAAAGGUGCAAGACCCAACAUCUUACAGAAGACAGAAGUAACAGUGGUUACCAAUGAUGAGUGCAAUAGCUGGUACAGAUCGCAAGGUAGCAAGAUCAAGGUCAUACCCACCCAAAUGUGUGCUGGACAUGAAAUUGGGGGUCGUGAUUCUUGCUGGGCUGACAGCGGUGGCCCACUCAUGGUCAGGGAUGAUAGUGAUAGACGUCACGUGAUGGUGGUAGGAGUAGUUUCUACUGGCAGUGGAUGUGCUAGACCUAGGAUGCCUGGAGUAUACACCAGAAUAUCGAGGUACACAGACUGGAUAGUACAAAGUAUCAACGGAGAUAAAGCUAGAAGUGGGUUGAAUUGGUACCCGAAUUUCAGCAGCUUUUUCGGACGAAGAUGAUUUUGAAAAUAGAGAAGGUAUUAAUGGUAAUGAAUCAAGAAGGGCGUUUGAAGAGUUUUCGAGACGAGGACUAGAACAAAUAUAAAGUAAUUCACAAACGGAUAACCUUAAG